AUGCCAAUCAGAGAAAAGUUGAAACCUGUUGAACAACCACAAUUAUCAGAUGAAGAUGAAGUCAUAGAUUCAAGUAAAAAUGGGAGUUCUUCAAGUCUGCCAAAGAACAUACAGAUCUCUGAUGAUGGAAGAUUAUUCAAGAAGGUUGAUCAUCGUCAAAGAUCAAUGACCAUAGGUAAUGUUAGAGUCGCUCCUUUGACAACACCUUUACCAAGAAGAUUACAAACUGCUGCUGUGCUUUGGCAUACCGUUUCAAUACCUGUUUUCAUUACAAUUUUUUUCAUUGCUUUAGCAAUACCAGUAUUUUGGAUUUUUGCUAUCCCAUAUUUGAUUUAUUUAUUCACUGAUGAAACUCCAUCAAAUGGUAAUGCUACCAAAAGAUAUUCAGAAUGGUUUAGAAAACUGUCAAUUUGGAAAAAUUUUGCAGGUUAUUAUCCAGUGAAAAUUUUUAAAACUCAUAAUUUAGAACCAACAUUUACUGAAGUUGAAAUUAAAGAUGAUCAUUAUUGGUUACCUCCUCCAUUAAGUUAUCUUUUCCAAAUCAAGAAGAAACCUUAUAAGAAGAAGGAAAAAACAGGUCCAAAAUAUAUUUUUGGUCUUCAUCCUCAUGGUGUUGUUUCAUUAAGUGGAUUUGGUGCUAUUGGUACUGAUGGUGCAAAUUGGUCAAAACUGUUCCCUGGUGUACCCGUUUGUCUUUUAACUUUAUUAAACCAAUUUUAUAUCCCAAUCUAUAGAGAUUAUUUAUUAGCUUUAGGUAUCACAUCUGCAGGUCGUAAUAAUGCUUUAAAAGUAUUAAAAAAUGGAUUUUCAUUAGCAAUUGUUGUUGGUGGUGCUCAAGAAUCCUUAUUAGCAAGACCUGAAUCUACAGAAAUUGUUUUACAAAAACGUAAAGGUUUCAUCAAAUUAGCUUUAGAAACUGGUAAUGUUUCAUUAGUACCAUGUUAUGCAUUUGGUGAAAAUGAGUUAUAUAAUAUUUUAGAACCAGGUCAAGAUUCAUAUUGGAGGAAACUGCAAUUAUGGUUAAAAAAGAACUUUGGUUUUACAAUUCCAUUUUUCCAUGCAAGAGGAGUUUUCAAUUAUGAUUUUGGUCUUUUACCAUUUAGAAAAGAAGUUACUAUUGUUACUGGUAAACCAAUUGAAGUUCCAUUUUUACCAAGUCCAAAUAAAAAGGAAGUUGAUCAUUAUCAUGAACUGUAUGUUAAUGAAUUGAAAAGAAUUUUUGAAGAAUAUAAAUCUAAAUUUGCAGAGAAUCCUGAAGCAAAAUUAGAAAUUGUUGAAUAG